UUCACAAAAUCUAUACCAUAUAAAAACGAUGAUCGCCUCCUUAUAAACGCAUCAAAUCUUUGUGGUGUAGGUUAUUUUCACUUGUGUUCGAUCAUGGAUUCGAAUAUGUCUACCAUCUCAGCGUCAAAGAGUUUGGUCGCGCUGGCUCUGUUUCCGUGUGAUCCCGAGGUUGCUUAUGAACCAAGAGACAAUGGGCAAGCCGAAAAAGAUAAGAACCUGGGGUGGAUGAGGGCUAUGACGGAUGAACAAAUAAGAGAGGAGGAGCGGUACAAUGUCUCAACGAACUUAACUCUCUACACCCUUGGGUCCGAUCCAUGGACCAUCAAGAAGAAGUUGUGCAAAACCAGUCUUGGUCAUCUAAACCGUCUUAGUCUGAAUGCAAACAUUGUCACUACGGAGAUCAUUGCUUAUCUCCCUCAGGAUGAUAAAAAGAUCAUCGAACAAGGCUCUGGAUUAGCAGUCGAAGUGUAUGAUAACGACACUGCUUCUAUCCACAAGCUGGUCCUUAAGACAUGGCAGGGUGGUGGAAGCUAUCUUCUCGCUAAUGGAUGGCGUAAGGAAUUUGUUGUGAGAAGAGGUUUGAAGACAGGAGAUGUGGUUGGAAUGUUUUGGGAUCGUAAUCUUUCUAAGAUUCGUUUCUGUGUGCUUUCUCGUGCACCCAUGGAAGCUAGCUCAGCUUCCGUAGUAACGGGCUCAGCAUCAUGUGCUCGUUAUCGUGCAGGUCCGUAAGAGCCUCACUACCUAUGGAGGCAAUGUCUGCAGAGAGAUUCUUGUUCGUGUUUUCUUAUUGUCAUGGUGUUUCGUAUUGUGUUUUCUCUUCUCUUGUUUUUCUCUGUUUUAUGCUUUCAUUUGUGUUUUUCUUUUAAGUCUGGA